AGUAUUUUAUGCUCCUCAACUUUUCCGUUCCUGUGCUCCAAUACGCGGAAUAUUCCCGGAAUAUUAGGCCAAUCAGCGUUCGUGUAAAACUGGGGAAACUACCUACCGUAUAUACGGUACCUGUACCUACGCUGCGCUGCGCUGCAUGCACUGUACUGCGCUGCCUAGCUAGCUAGCUAGCUAGCUAUGAAUUACCUAUCCUGCGGCUGCGCUUGCUCGAUCGUAUAGUGCUCCAGUCUCUGCAGACUUCUGCUCUGGUGAAGGAUAUUCUUCAUGAUGGAUAUUUACCUGGUGGUUGUUGGAUUCAUCCUUCAUCUAAUCCUAUUCGCUUCCAUCUUUGACAUCUAUUUCACCUCUCCCCUUGUCCAUGGUAUGUCUCCUCACUCCACACCACAUGAACCUCCAGCCAAACGUCUUGUUCUCUUUGUCGGUGAUGGUCUCAGAGCUGAUAAGUUUUAUGAACUCAAAGAAGAUGGAACCAGCAGAGCACCAUAUCUCAGGAGUAUCUUGCGGAGUAAAGGUGCAUGGGGUGUCUCUCAUACACGCGUUCCGACCGAGUCUAGGCCGGGUCAUGUUGCUAUCAUAGCAGGCUUCUAUGAAGAUGUCAGUGCCGUUACUAAAGGUUGGCAAGAAAAUCCAGUUGAGUUUGAUUCUGUAUUCAAUGAAAGUAGAUUUACUUGGUCAUGGGGAAGUCCAGAUAUACUGCCAAUGUUUGCUAAAGGAGCCUCUGGAGAUCAUGUUUUCAUCCAUACCUACCCACCUGAGAGUGAAGAUUUUGCUGAUUCUGAUGCUUCCAAAUUAGAUACAUGGGUCUUCGAUAAAGUUAAGGAAUUCCUCACCGAAUCCAAAGAAGACCCUUCUCUGAGAUCCAAACUCAACUCCAAUCGUGUCAUUCUCUUCCUUCAUCUGCUUGGUAUUGAUACCAAUGGCCAUGCCCACAAACCGUACUCAACAGAAUACCUAGAGAACAUUGCCUUAGUAGAUUCAGGGAUAAAGGAGAUUGUAGGUCUGCUUGAAGAUACCUUUGAUCAUGACGGAAAGACUGCAUACCUCUUAACAUCUGAUCAUGGCAUGACUGAUUGGGGAUCUCAUGGAGCAAGUCACCCAGAUGAGACCCUUACACCUCUCCUAGCCUGGGGUGCUGGUAUCAGAGAUGCAAGAUAUGCUACAGAUCAACAUUUUCAAGACACUUUCUUGCAAGAUUGGGAUCUUGAAGAUGUAGAACGCCAUGAUGUCAACCAAGCCGACAUAGCCCCUUUGAUGUCGUCUUUGAUAGGUGUACCAUUCCCUCUCAACUCAGUAGGUGUACUACCAUUAGACUACCUCAAUGGAACAGAGGAAUAUAAGGCUAGAUCACUACUCACCAACGCUAAACAGAUUAUAGCACAGUAUGAGGUGAAGGAGAAUCAGAAGUUUGAUACCACCUUGAGAGCUCUCUUCAGGCCCUUCAAGCCUCUUAGCUCAGGUCAAAAAGAGCUUCUAUUCAAGAAUAUUCAUAGUCUCAUGAUGAGGUCUCAAUUCAAACAAGCAAUAACUGAGACAGAGAAGCUGAUAUCCUUAGGGCUAGAUGGCUUGGGGUAUUACCAGACUUAUGAUAGAUUCUUCCUGGGAUCUAGCGUGACUUUGAGCUACCUUGGAUGGAUGGCUUACAUUCUUCAUAUCCUUCUCAUGUACCACACCAACCUCACCAAGCCCACCAAGCCUUGUAACCAUGGUAACACUCAUCCUGCUCUACUGCCUGCAUUCUGUCUGAUAGCUGGAUUGAUCGUCGUCCUGCUAGCUUUACAAUCAUCCCCUGUUAAUUACUACAUCUAUGCUCUUACACCGGUCCCUCUUUGGUAUGCAGUCAUCAACAGGUGGGAAGUAUUCUAUAGGUCUCUCAUCCACAUCGCCACCAGGCAUUCCUCGCUGGAGAUUGCAGGAUACGGGAUACUGGGUGUGGUUGCCAUAGAAACACUGGUACUGAGUCUCUUCUACCGGAUGGUGAUCUCUGUCGGGCUGAUGGGCGUGGCUCUUUGGCCCCUGUGCAGUGGAGUCAAACACAAGAACAAGCUGUAUGGUGCUGGUUGGUUGAUGUCCUGUCUUGUUUUGGCUAUCUUUCCAAUGUUACCUGUCGUUGGGAGGGAUCCAAACAUACCUCUUGUGGUACUAGCUGGAAUACUGUCAGCAAUCAGCGCAUAUAUCUUGUUCAGACAUCUCUUAAGACAGCAGUCAUCAACAUCAAUUAAUCCUCUCUUAACAUGGCUACAGAUUGCUUUCCUUCUAAUAUCAGUCAUGGUGGUCUACAUCACAUGGAUACGUAUCACCAACAAAGAGGGCGUCCCACUUCCAAACAAGAUAUUUAGCUGGACAAUGCUAUUGGCUGCGUUUGUUUUACCAUCGUUUAGCAGUGUGAUGAUUGGUCAUCGUUUAUUGGGCGUGGCCCUCUCGCUGUCGACAGUUUACAUGCUCCUCAGUACCUCACAUGAAGGUUUGUUUUGUUUAUGUUUGUGUUAUGUAAUGUUCUUCUGGAUCCUAUGUGAAUCUAAUCUCAAUCAGCAGGUGACUCAUAAGAUCCACCAAGUAUCUUUUAAUGAAGAGGCUAACCUUGAGAAGUCUCCACCUAGAAAGCUAGCUAUGACUGAUCUACGCUGUGCCUGGAUCUUUGUCUUCUUCAUCCUUACUGCUUUCUUUGGAACAGGCAACAUAGCCAGUAUAAACAGCUUUGAUCCAUCAGCAGUGUAUUGUUUCCUGACAGUUUUCAAUCCAUUCAUCAUGGGAUCAUUACUUCUUAUGAAGAAUGUGAUCUUGUUCCUACUAGUAGCAUGUGCCUUCCAAGCUAUACAUAUACUACUACGGCUACCUACAUCCUCACUCUAUCUCGUCGUUCUGCUCCUCUCUGACGCGAUGGCAUUACAUUUCUUCUUUCUGGUCAGGGACUCGGGCAGCUGGUUGGAGAUAGGGACGAGUAUAAGUCACUAUGUAAUAGUGAUGUCUAUGAUUCUCUUCAUCAUGCUACUCCUGCUCCUAGCCAGGCUCAUCACUACAUUGUCAUGGAAACGAUCUUCCAAGAAACAUCACACCAGGUGAAUGACAAACAUCCUCAAUGAAAUGUAUUCUAGUUCAGAAACAUUUGAUGCUGCAAGAGCGCUGCUGUAAAUCAUGGAAAUCCAAAUAUUUCAUGCAACUGUAGUCUAUCAUUCAGACUAGGGUGCUACGAUUGUUUAAUUCCAAGCUUAGAGUUAAGGUUUGGUGUAUUGUCGAGUCAAAGUUUGACUCGAAGCUUGAAACAUCUGCUAUUACAAACUAGACAUUUUGCAAUUUUCCUUAUUUAUGUUAUGUUACUAUCACUGAAAUUACUCUUCGGGUAUAUUGCAAUAUCACAAGCAAGGGAAAUGUGUGUAAUCACAAGAUAUUGUGUACGUUAUGUUCCUACCUGAUAGUAAUUUGAUUGUUUUCACAUAAAAUAUUAUUUAUGUUUUGUCCUUUCAGAAGUGCCAGUAAUAGCUUAGUAUAUACAUUUUUUUGAUAUGUGAUGCUAAGCUCUCGAUUAGUGGUACCUCAUGCUCAGUUAUUGACAGUCUAGUACUUAAGUUGAGAUGUUAGGUAUAUUCUGGUGGCAAUUCUGUUUUGUUGAUGCAGGAAAAGUUUCAAACUGGUUUUGGAACUUCUGGAAAUUAUUCUAGUUUAAAGGAGAAUGAAACUCUUGGAGCAAGUUAGCUUUUGUGAAAGCAGAAAAAUAAAAGAAUAAGAUCAACAAAAGUUUGAGUAAAAUAGGACUAGCAAUAGAAGAGUUAUGAGCAUUUGAAUGUCGAGAUCACUAAUGCUAUGGAGAUCCUCCCAUUGGCAAUGCGACCAAGAUCUAUGAUGUCACAGAUGAACAACUCUCCCCUUUUGGACACUGAAAAUAUACCACAAAACAUCUCUUUUUGCUCAUUCUAAUCAUAUGACAAACGAUUCAUCAAUGAUAUAAUGUUGUGAAACCUCUGUACUUGUCCUCUCAUAAAGAGAACACCUCACCUUGUGAUAGACUAUAAAAAUGAGAAUAUAAGUGAAAUAAGUACUAAAGUAAUGAGGGAGUUGUACGUGUGUGACAUCACAGAUCUUGGUCGCAUUGCCAAUGGGAGGAUCUACAUGGCAUUAGUGAUCUCAAUAUUCAAAUGCUCAUAACUUUCUUAUUAUUCAUUCAAUCUUCCUCAAACUUUCAACAAUAUGUUUCUUUGAUUUUUCUCUUUGAUAUGGAUUCAGCUGGUUUCAAGGGUUUCAUUCUCCUUUAAGGAACACUACUUGAUAAAGACCAAAAAACCUGAAGGAAAUAUAUUUCAAUUAUUUAGUUAUAGAAAAUAGUUACUUGUCAAAAAAGAUGUAUUCUAAUGUAUGUGUUUGCCUGUAUGUUUUUCAGUCAAGAUGUCUUGUGAAAAAAAUUAUGGUACAACAGCUUAUAUAUUCAUGAUACAUCAUUUACAAUACAUUCCAGUUAAAACUCUUUCGGCAUUGUACCGUGAUUAACCAAAGCACAAUGUAAUGUUAUUAUAACAAAAAGACUCUGAAUCCCAGAGUAAUGGAGACUAGUGACUGGAAUAAGUCUUUCAUUUGUAUUGAUUUGGCUUUCAACAGUAUUUAUACCAAGCAUAUGUGCAGUGGUUAAAAGUUGUGCUCUAGGUGGUUAAAGUUUUUAUUUCUGUUGUAUUUGUUUAGUAAUUUAUCCACCCACCCAUCUUUCCUUAUAUCACUUUUCAUUUACUAAAAUGUCAAGUUACUAGUAAUAGAUUGCAACUUGUAUUGCAUUUCGUAAUUAAAUCUAAUAAGUCAAUUCAGUAUGGUAGUAUGGUGCUGAUCAUGUUAUAAUUCAUUGUUAAUUCAAUUAUGAUAAAUAGCAAUAAAAAUACAUGAUGAUGAAAAUGUGUAGACCUGAUAAAUAUUUUUCAAGCAUUUGUCCUUUUGAUAAUAUUACCAUGCUAGCUUACAUUCAAGAAUGUUAGCCUAUCAUAUAUAUAUAUAAAGUUUAUGAUACGGAAUGUGGAAGCAUUAGUGAAAUAGUAUCUUCAUUUAUUUGUCCGAAUAUGAUCUAUGUACCUUAAGUUUAUUGACACCUCAAGAAGUCCAGAUUUCUAAAGAGCUUCAUUGUCAGUAAAGGGGAGGGGGAGGGUAGUAAAAUGUAAGAGAGGACAACUUCUGCGUCAUCUAUCAGUAAUAAGUGAAUUCUCCUGUUCAAAAUAACCUGUUAUUUUUUUUAUCACACCUUAGCUUAUGAAUGCAGAAAGAAAUAAGGAAUUAAUCCGUGAUGUAUUCAAAAUAUUGUUUAUAUGCAAAGAGAUACAAUAUAUCCUGGAUUCAAUUGAAAUGUGAGUAAAGGUAUAUUUUUAGGUCUUGUAAAGAUGGGUUUCCAAGAAAUAAAGUUUCUCUUUGUCAUCUUGAACCUCAUUGUAUAGUUGAUUGAUUAGAGGUUUUUAAAGACUUUGGGGUUUUAUAUGAUUUUAGUCAAUUGAAAGACUGAAAGCAUGUAACAAUUGGCUGCUGUUAGUGUGGUGCAGAUAGUCUGAUGUAUAGGGGAUUGUUACAAUGGCUAGAGCCAUUACAAUAACCACAAAUCACUUUGAAUUGUUGAUUUGUUUUUUUUUUGUUGACAAGGAGGGGAAAGACUCUCAAUGACAAUAACUCCUUUCUUACCUCAAUAAUAUCAUAAGUAUCAUUCAGUGGUGUUUGUUUUCCACAUGAAGUCGAAGUUAUUGUCAAUUUAUACAAGAUUUCUGAAAAAAAAGUUAGCUUUUGAAAUUGACUGAAUGAUAAAUUGGACAUUGGGUAAUGAGAUAGUAGUUCCAUCAGGUUUGUAACCUACUAUUUCAGUCUCAUCACCUUGGAGAGAGAAUGUAUUUACAUAUUCCAAUGUGCCUUAUAUCAUGAAUUGCUUCUGUCAGUUUAAGUUAUGACCAAGAAUUUUAAAUGUGAUGAAAUUCUUGGCAUCGUGUUGUACGAUUAAAUAGCAUUUUUUAUAUUCCA